GCGCGUUUUGUGAAAUUUCAAAGGGCAAAACUACGUUUUCACUCAAAUUUUCUCUUAUUUCAAUUUCUAAAUUUUGAAACUAAAAAGUAAUUGAAAUAUGCACCGAAACAACUACCAUAACAUCUCAAAUAACUUUGUACACAAAGAAACACUUCAUCCGGAAAUGAAUUCAAAUCAAAUUCGUCAAACAAGAUCAUCAGCUGCUUUUCCAGCACAAAGUCCAAUGGUGGCAUUACCAACACCAACUCCAAUCUUUACAAAGGAAGAAGUAUCGCCAGUUACACAGACAGUAACUCAACAGCAACAGCCUCAACCGGUGACUUUGGAACCUUCUAAACCAUCAUUAAAGCAUGAGGAUGGUCCAUCGACUUCUACGUCCAAUAUUCCCAUAAAGAUGGACGAAGAUUCAAGUAAUGUCAGACCAAUGUCUGAAGAAGAUCUUCUAAAGCUGCGCAAGAUCAACUUCAAAAAGAAGGUUUCUGGAAAAGAAAAGCGUGUUCGUCAGAACAGAAAACUGUUCCGUAUUCUUACACCACGCAAUGCCAUUGCUGCUUUGAACGAACUACACGGUCAAAGUAUCAAUGAAAGUGUUGUUUUACCUGCACAAGGUAAUAAAUUUGAAGCAGAAAUAACAAUCAACAAUGUUAAGUACACUGGGCUUGGAAGCAAUAAAAUGCAAGCUAAGAAUGCUGCCUCGGAACAAGCUUUACGUGAUUUGAUCAUCAAAAAAUUCCAUCAAAUUAAAAAUCAGGAAAUCACUAUUCCUUCUUCUGAAGAUGACGUCCCUAUGGAUGAAGACAAAGGAGACGACGUUCCAAUGCUGCAGCUAGCAAGUUAUGCUUUGCAUAAAUUAUUUGCCGAAUGGGAAGCUGAAGGAUAUGAAAUUCCUUUACCAAAAGUCAACUCACCAACCGAUUCAGCUUUGGUAGUCUCACCAACAGGUGAAGAAUUGUAA